GAAGAAGAAGAAAAAGAAGCAGCAGCAGCAGCAGCAGCAGCAAUAGAGGCCUACAAGAAAUCAAGAGGAGAGAGACUCAGGAAAUCAAAAGAACGCAAGAAAUCAAGGGAAGAAAAAGGUCGCAAGAAAUCAAGGGAAGAAAAAGGUCGCAAGAAAUCAAAGGAAGAAAAAGGUCGCAAGAAAUUAAUAGAAAGAGAAGAAGAAGGAGAGGAACUCAAGAAAUCAAGAGAAGAGAUACAAAUGGAAUUAAUAGAAGAAGAGGAGCGCAAGGAAUCAAUAGAAGUAGAGAGCAAGGAAUCAAUAGAAGUAGAGCGCAAGGAAUCAAUAGAAGUGGAGCGCAAGGAAUCAAUAGAAGUGGAGCGCAAGGAAUCAAUAAAAGUGGAGCGCAAGGAAUCAAUAGAAGAGGAGCGCAAGGAAUCAAUAGAAGUAGAGCGCAAGGAAUCAAUAGAAGUGGAGCGCAAGAAAUCAAUAGAAAUGGAGCGCAAGAAAUCAAUAGAAAUGAAGCGCAAGAAAUCAAUAGAAGUGAAGCGCAAGAAAUCAAUAGAAGUGGAGCGCAAGAAAUCAAUAGAAGAGGAACGUAAGAAAUCAAUAGAAGAGGAGCGUAAGAAAUCAAUAGAAGAGGAGCGCAAGAAAUCAAUAGAAGAGGAGCGCAAGAAAUCAAUAGAAGAGGAGCGCAAGAAAUCAAUAGAAGAAGAAGAAGAAGGAGGAGAAGAAGGAAAGGUACGCAAGAAAUUAAGAAGAGAAAAAAGACAAAAGAAAUUAAGAGAAGUAGAGGGAACCAUGAAAGCAAAGGAAGAGGGAAAAGCAGAAGAGGAAGAAGAAGAGGAACCUAUCACGUUGCCUCAGGAGAGAAAAAGUACUUCUCAGACAUCUUCUACAUCAUCCUCAGCACUUUCCUCAAUGACUUUGGCUUCCAAAACCAGUAUCUCAUCCCUUUCACGAAGACCCUUUGACCAUCUGGAUGCGGAUCUUCUGAAGGUGAGGAGAAAAUCCCGAAGCAAAAGAACUGACCAAAAGAAGUAUGAAAUAAGUAAGAAGCCUGAAAUCAGCAAGAAGGAAAAAGAGAUGGAGGAGGAAGUUCAGAAGAUAGUAGAAGCCCCACAACCUGAGAAAAGGUAUGAAGAGCGAGAUUCUUGGAGGGAUGAUGUUUCCCGCCUCAUGACCCUGCGUGUUUCUGAAUUACAAGAGAGCAUAGCCAAGAACUUGACUGAUGAGCUGGUGACCUUGGCGAGAGAGGUACUGGCAGAGCGGCAGCCUAGCGGGGAACGCUUUCAGGAGAUUUUUCCCGGAUUAAAGGAACAAAGCCCAGAGCCAGUUAAGGAGAUGGAAGAAAUGGAGCAAGAAGAAUUGGAAGUGAGUCCUCCACUCACUCCUCCAUCUUCCCCAACAGUCAGGUCAAAGAAAACCUUCUUCUUUGAAGGAAGUGAACUCACCAAGCAAGAAAUGAAGCUAGUCAGGCAACAGAAGAGACUGGGCAGGAAAGAGAGGAAGCUUGCCAGGAAGGAACGUGAGCUGGCUAUUGCAGAGGAGGAUCUAGCACAGAGAGAGGAGCAACUGAGUAGGGAACAUGAAUUGCUGAUCAAGGACCUGGACGCAUUGGCUAAGGAAGAAGAAAACUUGAACAAGGAAGAGUCACUUCUCAUCAAGGAAGCGAACCUCCUGCUCCAAGAGGACACAACCCCAGAAGAAUUCAAAUUGUUCAAAGAGGAAAUGAGGGAAGCCAGAAGACAAAUUAGAGAGAGUAGGCAGGAGAAGAUGAAAGACAGAGAAGAGAGCAUAAAUGCUAAGAAGUCCAAAAAAAGGAGACUUUCUCCCAAGGAGUUAGAAACAGACACAGAAAAGAGAAACCAGAUAAAGGAGAUGAGAGAAAUCAUAAAGUUCAACAUGGAAAGAGCUCGAGAGGAGAGAAUUCAGGCCUGGGAGGACCGAAUUCAAGCCCAACAAGAAAGACAACUGACUUUUUUUGUAAAGUAUGGCCAGAUGGGAGACCAGAGGCCAGAGGAUCAAAGCAUUGUGGCCUUGUCCCCUGAAGAGAAGAUGCUUAUGGAAGAAGAGAGGAGACUGACGUUGGAAGAGCUGGAACUAAUCCAGGAAGAGAGGAAGCAGAUCCAAAAGGAGAAAAUGCUGACACAGCAAGAAAUAGAGAUGGUAAAGAAGAAACUAGAAAUGCACCAGGAGAACCAAAAACUAUCAGACCAGGAGACAAAACUGAUCAUGAAGGAGCAAAGAAGGGCCAUUGAGGAGGAUGCAGUGAAGAGGCCAAAGAGACGUUAUCAUGAGAGGAAGGAGGAAGAAGAGGAGGCUCUGACAGAGGAGGAAGAACAUCUGCUGAAGGAAAGGAAAAAGUUUGUUCCCAGAAAGUUUGAUACUAAGGGAAAAAAGACAUUUCAUCGUAAGAUAAAGACAAUACCCUUUUUACAAAGGAAGGAAUGGGGGGAAGAAGAAGAGGGGGAAGAAGAAGAAGAGGAGGAAGAGGAGGAGGAAGAAGAGAAAGGGCGUAAGUUGUCCACUGAGGAAAAAAUUCUGCUUAUGGAAAAAGAAAGGGAAAAGAAAGAACUGUUAAUGGAAGGUCAGGAGCAACCAUCAAAAAUGGAGAAAUUAGUGCCAGAAGAGUUGGAGUCUGCUGAGGAGUGGAACCUGCUCCGGGCAGAGAGGCACCUGACCCAGCAAGAGUUUGAGAUAACCAAGAAAGAAAGAGAGCUCCUUAAUAAGAAGAUGGAACUGAUCACACAAGAGAAGCUAGUGGUUCAGAAAUUAUCACAAGUAGAUGAUGAUACACGGAUUCAGCGUCUGAGAGAAAUGCGAAAGACUGAGGAAGAAAUUGAAGGCAUCAGAGAACAGCGGAAACGGCUCAGUGAACAAAGGCAGAAAUUCUCUGAAGGGAAGCUAUCCUUGGAAGACUUGUUUGGGAAAGAAGAGAGAAAGCAACCCUUGACCAAGGCAGCUGUGCAAAAGGAGCGCAGGAGGCUGGCAAGCAUUGCAAAGAAACUAGCUGAGGAGAUGAAGGAACUGGCUGCUGAGCAGAUGAAACUGGAUAAGGAAGAAAAGCAGCUGAUGAAAGAACAGAAGAAGCUGAUAAAGGAAGAAGAGAAAAUGGCCAGGAAGGAGCGCAACUUGGCUUUACUGGAAAGAAGGAUGACUUUGGAGGAGAGCUUGGCAAUGGAAGGAGAAUUAGAUACUGAAAGAAUGAAAGAUACCAGGGAAUUCCUCAGAUGGCAAAGGCAGAAGAUUCUGGCACUCCAAAAAGAAACUGCUGCAGAGGAGGCUGAGAAAGCCAAAUCCAUGUUUUCAGAGGUGGUGAAGGAGGCUGAUGAGGCAGCAGAAGAGGAAGAGGAAGAAGAGGAGGAAGAAGAGGAGGAGGAAGAAGAAAAAGAAGGAUCAUCAUUAUAUGAAGAAGAAAUGGCUCCUGAUAAGCCUGCAAAGAAGAUCAUUUCCACUGAGGGACUAGUUCAGCCAAAGGACCUUGGUGUUGAGAGGGUGGGGGAGCCUGCAGGGAAGAUCAUUUCCCCCGAGGAACUGGUCAAGCCAAAAGAGCUAGAUAUUGAAAAGCUGGGUAAGGCUGCCAGGAAGAUCAUUUCCGCUGAGGGACUGGUAGAGUCAAAAGAACCUGGUGUUGAAAGGGUGGGUAAGCCCCCAGGAAAGAUCAUUUCCCUUGAGGGAUUGGUCCAGCCAAAGGAACUUCGUGUUGAAAGGAUGGGUGAGCCCCCAGGGAAGAUCAUUUCCCCUGAGGGACUGGUGGAGCCAAAAGAACUUGGUAUUGAAAGGGUGGGUGAGGAAGCAGGGAAGAUCAUUUCCCUUGAGGGACCUGUGGAGCCAAAAGAACCUGGUGUUGAAAGGGUGGGUAAGCCCCCAGGAAAGAUAAUAUCCCUUGAGAGAUUGGUCCAGCCAAAGGAACCUGGUGUUCAGAGGUUGGGUGAGCCCCCAGGCAAGAUCAUUUCCCCUGAGGACCUGGUGCAGCCAAAGGAACUUGGUGUUGAAAGGGUGGGAGAGCCUCCUGGAAAGAUCAUUUCCCCUGAGGGAUUGGUCCAACCAAGGGAGCUUGGCGUUGAAAGGGUAGGAGAGCCUCCUGAAAAGAUCAUUUCUCCUGAGGGAUUGGUCGAGCCAAGGGACCUUGGUGUUGAAAGGGUGGGAGAGCCUCCUGGAAAGAUCAUUUCCCGUGAGGGAUUGGUCCAACCAAGGGAGCUUGGUGUGGAAAGGGUGGGAGAGCCUCCUGGAAAGAUCAUUUCCCGUGAGGGAUUGGUCCAACCAAGGGAGCUUGGUGUGGAAAGGGUGGGAGAGCCUCCUGGAAAGAUCAUUUCCGCUGAGGGAGUGGUCCAGCCAAGGGACCUUGGUGUGGAACAGGUGGGAGAGCCUCCUGGAAAGGUUAUUUCCCCUGAAGGAGUGGUCCAAGCAAGGGACCGUGGUGUAAAAAGGGUGGGAGAGCCUGUGCGAAAGAUCAUUUCCCCUGAGAAAUUGGUCCAACCAAGGGAGCUUGGUGUUGAAAGGGUCAGAAAGCCUCCUGGAAAGAUCAUUUCCCCUGAGGGACUUGUCCAGCCAAGGGACCUUGGUGUGAAACGGGUGGGAGAGCCUGUGGGAAAGAUCAUUUCCCAUGAGAAAUUGGUCCAACCAAGGGAACUUGGUGUUGAAAAGCCAAGGGACCUUGGUGUGGAAAGGGUGGGAGAGCCUGUAGGGAAGAUCAUUUCCCCUGAGGGCUUUGUUCAGCCAAGGGACCUUGGUGUGGAAAGGGUGGGAGAGCCUGCAGGGAAGAUUAUUUCUCCUGAGGAAUUGGUCCAGCCAAGGGACCUUGGUGUGGAAAGGUUAACGCGCCUUGAUGUGGAAAGGGUAAGAGAGCCUGCAGGGAAGAUUAUUUCCCCUGAGGGACUGGUCCAGGCAAAGGACCUUGGUGUUACAACAGUAGGUCUGAAGCCUGCCAUAACACCGAGGAAAGAUACGAAAGAGAUCGAGUUGAAAAUUGAGGGGAAAACAUUUACUUUUCAAAAGCCUUACCUGGAACUUCCUUCAGAGCUUAGACCUAAGCAGGUUGUGAUCUCCCCCCGGCCCAGUGAUUCUCAAGAGGAGAAGUUACUGUCUUUGGCCAAGUCUAAAUACAAGCCCAGACCUCCACCCCUCCAGACCCCACAGAGGUUUCCACCCAAGCCAAAGGAGCCAGUGGCCCCAACUCCAACCCCAACUCCAUCUGAAGGACGUCCAGAGAGUCCUACCUGGGAAGUCAUGGGACCAGACACUGUGGCUUCCCCAAAAAAGUCAGCCCGAGACCGCUGGAGGUGGUUUCUGCGGAUUCAUCAGACUAUCAGAGCCUUCAAGGGGGCCAUGGCCCGACGUGAUAGAAGCCUUCCUCCUACAUAUGGUGAAUUCAUGCACAAGCCCCCCAGAGGAGGCUGGGAGCAAUUACAGAAUGCCCUGCGAAAGCUUCGCCAAAAAGGGACAAUCACCAAAAAAACCAUGGACUCCCUUUGCUGGCUGCUGGAGCAGACAUCCCCACUGAAGCAGAUGGAGUGGGUGGAAACCGCCCAUCUGGAGGCCCUUGCCUCCCAAUUGGAGGCCCUAAAGGCUCCCCAAGUAGUCUCCCCAUCUGUUGUCUAUGGCAUGCCCGCAGUGGAAGUAAUCCCCCCACAGACAGACUACCCUAGAGAGGAACUCCGCCCCAGAGGGAGCCUCCUGCUGCCCGAGUUUCCCACCCUGCCCAGGCGAUCCAUUCAGCCUGGCGCCCCUGAUGGGGUGGCCCCAGAGAAAGUCAAGGAAAUUCCACCUGAGAUCCAGGAACUCCGCCCCAGAGGGAGCCUCCUGCUGCCCGAGUUUCCCACCCUGCCCAGGCGAUCCAUUCAGCCUGGCGCCCCUGAUGGGGUGGCCCCAGAGAAAGUCAAGGAGAUUCCACCUGAGACCCAGGAACUCCGCCCCAGAGGGAGCCUCCAGGAACUCUACCCCAGAGGGAGCCUCCAGGAACUCCGCCCCAGAGGGAGCCUCCUGCCUGCAGAGUUUCCUGCCCUGCCCAGGCGAUCCAUUCAGCCUGGCGCCCCUGAUGGGGCUGAUGGGGUGGCCCUGGGGAAAGUCAAGGAGAUUCGGCCUGAGUUCCAGGAAUCCUUAGUGAUGGACCUGGCUCGGAUUUUCCCAGAUUACUCAGCCAAUGCCCUGAAGGUCCUGAAACUCCAGCAAAAGGUGCAGCCAGACCUGGAUUUCCAGGAGAACCCCUUCCCACCGCAGCCUGGCCUGGACUCCCAGGAGAACCCCUUCCCACCGCAGCCUGGCCUGGACUCCCAGGAGAACCCCUUCCCACCGCAGCCUGGCCUGGACUCCCGGGAGAACCCCUUCCCACCGCAGCCAGGCCUGGACUCCCGGGAGAACCCCUUCCCACCGCAGCCAGGCCUGGACUCCCGGGAGAGCCCCUUCCCACCGCAGCCAGGCCUGGACUCCCGGGAGAGCCCCUUCCCACCGCAGCCUGGCCUGGACUCCCGGGAGAACCCCUUCCCACCGCAGCCUGGCCUGGACUCCCGGGAGAACCCCUUCCCACCGCAGCCUGGCCUGGACUCCCGGGAGAACCCCUUCCCACCGCAGCCAGGCCUGGACUCCCGGGAGAACCCCUUCCCACCGCAGCCUGGCCUGGACUCCCGGGAGAACCCCUUCCCACCGCAGCCUGGCCUGGACUCCCGGGAGAACCCCUUCCCACCGCAGCCAGGCCUGGACUCCCGGGAGAACCCCUUCCCACCGCAGCCUGGCCUGGACUCCCGGGAGAACCCCUUCCCACCGCAGCCUGGCCUGGACUCCCGGGAGAACCCCUUCCCUCCGGAGCCAGACCUGGACUCCCGGGAGAACCCCUUCCCACUGCAGCCAGACCUGGACUCCCGGGAGAACCCCUUCCCUCCGGAGCCAGACCUGGUCUCCCGGGAGAACCCCUUCCCACUGCAGCCUGGCCUGGACUCCCGGGAGAACCCCUUCCCACCACAGCCAGGCCUGGAUUCCCGGGAGAACCCCUUCCCACCGCAGCCAGGCCUGGACUCCCGGGAGAACCCCUUCCCACUGCAGCCAGGCCUGGAUUCCCGGGAGAACCCCUUCCCUCUGGAGCCAGACCUGGAUUACCGGGAGAACCCCUUCCCACCGCAGCCUGGCCUGGACUCCCGGGAGAACCCCUUCCCUCCGCAGCCAGGCCUGGAUUCCCGGGAGAACCCCUUCCCACUGCAGCCUGGCCUGGACUCCCGGGAGAACCCCUUCCCACCACAGCCAGGCCUGGAUUCCCGGGAGAACCCCUUCCCACCGCAGCCAGGCCUGGACUCCCGGGAGAACCCCUUCCCACUGCAGCCAGGCCUGGAUUCCCGGGAGAACCCCUUCCCUCUGGAGCCAGACCUGGAUUACCGGGAGAACCCCUUCCCACCGCAGCCUGGCCUGGACUCCCGGGAGAACCCCUUCCCUCCGCAGCCAGGCCUGGAUUCCCGGGAGAACCCCUUCCCUCCGCAGCCAGGCCUGGAUUCCCGGGAGAACCCCUUCCCACCGCAGCCAGGCCUGGACUCCCGGGAGAACCCCUUCCCUCCACAGCCAGGCCUGGGUUCCCGGGAGAACCCCUUCCCUCCGCAGCCAGGCCUGGAUUCCCGGGAGAACCCCUUCCCACCGCAGCCUGGCCUGGACUCCCGGGAGAACCCCUUCCCACCGCAGCCAGGCCUGAACUCCCGGGAGAACCCCUUCCCUCUGGAGCCAGACCUGGAUUACCGGGAGAACCCCUUCCCACUGCAGCCUGGCCUGGGUUCCCGGGAGAACCCCUUCCCUCCGCAGCCAGGCCUGGAUUCCCGGGAGAACCCCUUCCCUCCGCAGCCAGGCCUGGAUUCCCGGGAGAACCCCUUCCCACCGCAGCCAGGCCUGGACUCCCGGGAGAACCCCUUCCCUCCGCAGCCAGGCCUGGGUUCCCGGGAGAACCCCUUCCCACCGCAGCCUGGCCUGGAUUCCCGGGAGAACCCCUUCCCUCCGCAGCCAGGCCUGGAUUCCCGGGAGAACCCCUUCCCACCGCAGCCUGGCCUGGAUUCCCGGGAGAACCCCUUCCCUCCGCAGCCAGGCCUGGAUUCCCGGGAGAACCCCUUCCCUCUGCAGGUAGACCUGGAUUCCCGGGAGAACCUCUUCCCACUGCAGUGUGGCCUGGACCCCCAGGAGGACCCCCAUACAUAGCGGCCAGGCCUGGAUUCCCAGGAGCACCCCUGCCCACUGCAGCCAGACCUGGACCCCCAGGAAGACCACCGCCCACUGCAGC